AAGUGCGUUGAAAGUGCUGUCUACAAUGCAAAGUCCGCCUUACAAUGGCAGCAGCCAAGCGUGGUCGGCUGCUGGGCAAGGCGGGCGCUCCGCUUUUCUUAAGGGGCUGUAGAUCCAGCCAUUCGGGAACCAGGGGCUCGCUGAAACGAGAAUACGAGGCGAUCGUGAUCGGAGCAGGACACAAUGGACUGGUGGCUGCUGCCUACCUGCAGAAGGGGGGGUUAAAAACAGUGGUGCUGGAGAGACGACACUUGGUGGGGGGCGCUGCAGUCACUGAGGAGAUUAUCCCAGGUUUUCGGUUCUCCAGAGCUUCCUACUUACUCAGCCUGCUGAGGCCCCAGAUUUAUUCAGAGCUGGAGCUGAAGAGGCAUGGCUUAAGAGUUCUCCUGCGUGACCCGUAUUCCUUCACCCCACUGUUGGAAGAUGGUCAGGGUGGAAAACCCCCCCGCUCGCUGCUGCUGGGGAACAACAUGGCCGAAACACAGUCACAGAUUGCUCAGUUCUCUGUGCAGGAUGCCCAGACCUUUCCCAAGUAUGAAGCAUUCAUGAGCCGCUUGGUGUCCGCCAUAGACCCUUUGCUAGACACCUGUCCUCUGGACGUGGCUGCUCUCAGGCAGGGCUCUCUGCUUCAGCGGCUCAGGGCCCUGCAAGGCAUGCAGAUCCUGUUUCGUGCAGGCUUUGCUCUGGGUAAACAGCUUCCCCAGUAUUACCAAGUCCUCACAGCCCCUAUUUCCAAGAUUUUGGAUCUCUGGUUUGAGUCGGAGCCCUUGAAAGCAACGCUGGCCACGGAUGCAGUGAUUGGUGCCAUGGCUGGUCCCCACACACCAGGCAGCGGGUAUGUGCUGCUGCAUCAUGUCAUGGGUGAGCUGGAGGGGUGCCAGGGGGCCUGGGGCUAUGUGACCGGUGGCAUGGGAGAGCUAUCCCAGGCCUUGGCUCGUGCUGCUACCAUGCUUGGGGCGGAGAUCUUCACUGAGAAGACAGUUGCCCAGAUCCUUUUAAGCUCUGAUGGGAAGGUGCGAGGUGUUGUCCUGCAGGAUGGAACUGAAGUGAAGAGCCACCUGGUGCUGUCCAAUGCAUCGCCACAGCUCACCUUCCUGGAAUUGACCCCAAAGGAGCAACUGCCACUGGAGUUUGUGCAGAGACUUUCACAGUUCGACACACGCUCUCCAGUCACCAAGAUCAACGUGGCUGUGGAUCGGCUGCCCAGUUUCCUUGCAGCCCCAAAUACAAGCGAUGGGAGUCCUUUGCCUCAUCAUCAGUGCUCCAUCCACCUGAACUGUGAGAACAUGGAGAUUCUGCACCAGGCCUUUGAGGAGGCAUCUCAUGGGAGGCCCUCUAGCAGGCCCAUGAUUGAACUGUGCAUCCCAUCUGCCCUGGACCCCACACUGGCUCCCCCCAGCUGCCAUGUGGUCUCUCUCUUCACUCAGUACACUCCUUACACACUGGCUGAAGGGAGGCAAUGGAAUAAUCAAGAGCGUGAUGCCUAUGCUGACCAAGUUUUUGAUUGCGUUGAGAGCUAUGCACCUGGGUUCAAGGCCUCCAUCAUUGGCAGAGAUGUUCUGACGCCACCAGACCUUGAACGGAUCUUCGGCUUGCCUGGUGGGAAUAUUUUUCAUGGAGCAAUGUCUUUAGACCAGCUGUAUUUUGCCCGGCCUGUGCCCUCCUACUCUAGCUACCGCUCUCCAGUCCAAGGCUUGUACCUCUGCGGCAGUGGUGCUCAUCCUGGAGGAGGAGUCAUGGGAGCCGUGGGCCGCAAUGCUGCUAGGGCAGCUCUAGAGGAUUUCAAGAGACUGUGACCCAGCUGGAGCACUUGGGCUGCCCUGGCUCAGAAAACUCUUCCCGUUGGCAGACAAGCAGCCAGAUGCAACUCCACUGAGCAGUUUUCUCCAGACCUGGUUCCCUUCUCAGGGUUUCCACCCAAAAGCAUCACACUCCUGGCAUUCCACUGAAGCAGAGAAUGAGAUGGACUAUGCCCCUGCUGCUGGGUGUGCCCGUGCCACGAGCAUAUUCGGAACAGGCUUGUUGCUGGCUGACAGGCUUCUCCCACUGUGCUGCUGUUCAACUAGGAGUUCUGCUGUCCUCCAUGGCCACUUCAAGGGAUGCAGCCUGCUAUUCGCACACAAGAAGAGAUGUCAUUUAGAGUUCUGCUGGCAGCUUUUCCAUGGGCAGGAUGGACCAGUGCUCUUUACAGUGUCAUCCUACGUACAGUUACUCCCUUCUGAGCCCAUUGUCUUUGGUGAAUUUAAAUGGGUGGCAGUGCUUCAGGUUUAACUUUGUCACUCUCUGGCUCUCAGUGUUUUUGUCACUGGUGCCCCUUAGCAUUAGUGCUUCUUGUAAGAGGCCCAGCAGUCUGUGCAGUCUUAAGCAGAGUUACACCAUUCUACGGCCACUGAUGUCAAUGGGCUUUUGAAGGGCAUAGCUCUUCUCAAGAUUGCAUUGUUAGGUGCCAAACUUAAAACAAGGCAAUAUAUACUGGUUUCUGUUCCUGAAAAUGUUAAAACCUGGACAUUCUACAGCCAUGGGCUCCAAAUAUAUCAUAAUCCCUUCCUCCGAUGGUUUAGAGGCCAGACAUCUCUCAGGAACAGAGCCGAGUUAUCAUCUAAACCAAGGGACAGAGAGAGUCUGCUGAUGCUCAUAUCAUCUGACCUUGUGGCUCCAAAGCCAAUGCUGGUCAUACCUCACUGAGCCCCAUUCCCAAAGAGCUGUAUUUCUCACUCACAAAGAGCAGCUGCUUGCAAACAUCUCUCUGUGUUCUGGCUGCAAAUCCCAGCUGGGCAGUGGCCAGAAGUCAGCUGCCCUCUCUGACAGGGACCAUGCGGGGAUUUGUGCACUAAGCAACCUGGUUCACAAAUUAGUUGAGCCAGUGCACUUGGCGUUAAUCCAGUUCAAUUCCGUUGAAAUCCUUAUGCAUAAAUCAGUUUGAAUCUAAAUACUCCAGUUUAAUUGGUGCAUGGACGGCCGCCAAAGUGUGUUGACACAAUAAGAAAAAAAUCAAUACCGUACCUUCCUCCCAAGCAAUGAUGGAUUGAUUUCAUGUGAAGGAAUGAUUGAAAAAUCAUUACCGGUUCUCCCUUUAGAAAAUGUGUGUUCAAAGAUGAACCUUUAAAAAAAAAAGAAAACCUGAUUUUUCCUUAUAAUAACAUUGCUCACCUUUGUAGGGAUGCACCAACCAAGGGCAACUAAAAGAGACAAGGCUGCAACCCUCAGGCAGAUAGUCAGCUGUCUCUAGGUGCUCCUUCCUAAAGUAUUGCUGGCAAGUGACACCCAUUCUUUUCAAUGCAGCUUGCUCAGAUACUUUUCACAGAAUGCCACUGAAAUGAAUGGAAGUUGUGGAGCAGCUGUAGGUGGACUUUUCUGUGGUAGACAGCAGGAGUACAUCAUCUCAUACUGACAAAUUUGUUUGUGUAUGUAAAAUCUGAACAAUUACUGAUGCAACACUAAACAUUUUACAUGGUAAAAUCAAAAUUUCUAUCAUGGAGAAACUGAAAAUGCAUUCUUUACAAUUAAUGUC